AUGACGAGCUUAUUGGCAAAGAUGAUCAGCAAACGGAUCCUGGGGGAGUCGAUGCAGAACAAGUUUGGCAAAGAGGAUCCGUACUUUGAGCAAGUCCCUGCUACGAGGCUCGAUGGCAGGCCUACGGGCAAGGUCAAGAAGCGCAAGAAGGCUCUGCCCCCCGGCAUCUCAGAGCACGACGGCCAAGUCCUCACAAAGGUCAAGAGGCGAGCAUAUCGUCUGGACAUGAGCCUGUUCAACUUUCUUGGAAUCCGCUUCGGCUGGAGCAGCGUCAUCGGUCUGGUUCCUGCUGCCGGCGACGUUCUCGAUGUCUUCAUGGCCUUGAUGGUGUAUAGGACAUGCUGUCAAGUAGAGGGCGGCCUUCCAUCCGCAAUUCGGAUCAGGAUGCUCAUCAACAUCAUUGUCGACUUCGCCAUUGGCCUAGUCCCCUUCCUCGGAGACUUGGCCGACGCCGUGUUCCGCGCCAACACGCGCAACGCAGCACUGCUCGAGCAGCACCUGCGCGAAAAGGGCAAAAAGGAGCUUCGAAAAAGCGGACAGCCCAUCCCGGCCAUCGACCCCAGCAGCCCCGAAGAGUAUGACCGAAUCAUGCGCGAAGAUCCCCCCGAAUACCAGUCGCAUCCUCCGUCCCGCCGUGAGUCCCCGGCCCGGCCUGAAGACCGGCGUUACGUCCAGGACCCGAGAGCCCCACGCGAGCCAGACGCCGCCCGCGUCCGCGAUGGCGGCGGAUUUUUUGGUGGCCGCAGCAAGGCUCGCCCUCACGAUGUUGAGACGGGCCAUGGGAACGCGGAUAGGUACCACGACCCACGACAGAACAGCAAGCAGCAGAGCAGGCGGUAUGGUGGCUUCCUGUAG